GUAGGAUUGUUUGUUGGCAAGAGACUACAGUAGCUAGCGGGUUUUCAUUUGUUUACUUUUUGUUAGCUAACAAGAUUGCUAUUCAUUCUCCUUGUUUUGCUAACUAACUAACUGUAGCUACACGGUUACAGUAGGCUGUCAUUAUUGGAAAACUGAACAACCUCAAAACCGAAUGGCUACUACCAUAAGCACCCAACGGGGACAGGUAUACAUUGGGGAGUUGCCCCAGGACUUCCUACGUAUUACUCCCACCCAGCAGCAGCAACAAGUUCAGCUGGAUGCUCAAGCAGCGCAGCAGUUACAGUAUGGGGGAUCACUGGGCACUGUUGGACGACUCAGCAUCACCGUGGUCCAGGCCAAGCUUGCUAAAAAUUAUGGUAUGACACGCAUGGACCCUUACUGCAGAGUCCGACUAGGUUAUGCUGUUUAUGAAACACCCACAGCCCAUAAUGGUGCAAAGAAUCCACGAUGGAACAAGGUUAUCCAGUGCACUGUCCCGCCUGGAGUAGACUCAUUCUACCUGGAGAUCUUUGAUGAGAGGGCAUUCUCCAUGGAUGACAGAAUUGCAUGGACACACGUGACCAUCCCAGAAGGCCUGAGAGAGGGCAGUGUGGUUGAUGAGUGGUACAGCCUCAGCGGCAGACAAGGAGACGACAAGGAGGGCAUGAUCAACUUGGUCAUGUCUUUUGCUAACAUGCCAGCAGGUAUGCACAUGUCUCCACCAGUGGUCCUCAUGCCCACUGUCUAUCAACAGGGAGUAGGAUACAUACCCAUUGCAGGAGUGCCUACUGCAUACAGCCCAGGAAUGGUGCCAAUGGGAAUGCCUGCAGCACCCACUGUCACCCCACAGGAGGCACCCUGUAGCGAGGAAGAUCUUAAAGCACUGCAGGACAUGUUCCCUAAUCUGGACAGAGAGGUGAUUCGCACUGUGAUUGAGGCCCAGCAAGGUAACAAGGAUGCUGCCAUCAACUCUCUGCUUCAGAUGACAGAGGAGCUGUAACAGUGGAGCUACAAGUAAAGCCAUUGUGGCGGCUAGAACAUUGCCCAUUCCCAGCCACAGCCACAACACUCUGCACAUUUUGUAAAUAUGCACUCAGGCCUGCAAGCUCUCAACUGUCUCACAAAAGCAAAUCCAACAAUUCUUAUCAUUUUUGUUACAGUGUAUCUGUAUAAUUUAAUGUGUAAUGAAACAAUGCAUACUUUAGCUUUGUUCCCAUUCCACCUCUGGGAUUGGAACAACUGGGUUUAUCUAGUCAUACGUGUUGUGAUGCCUGGUUAACUUCUCAAUUCUACAUUACAAUUGACAUUGAUGCGGUGUUUUGUGGUGGUAAUGAAAGGAGUAGGUCCUGUGAUAAUUGAGAAAGCACUUAUUGUAAAAUACAUUUUAUAGAGCCCUGUAUCCAGUCUUCUUUUUGUGUUUUCACAAGUGAUGUCUUCCGCAUACGUGUUCUAUGUAUUAUAUAUACGCAGCCUCUUGUAGUUCUAAACAUGCUUUGCACCGCGUGUCUUCACAUUUUAAAAUUAAAUAAGUGAUUAUAUUC